AUGGCGCCUACUAAAAUUGAUCAAGGUACUUUAAUAAUAUUAGAUAUGGGAAGAAAUGUGUCAGAACCAGAAAACAAAGGUGAAAAAAGUUUCUAUGAAAGUGCUAAAGAAUGUGUCGGCAAAAUAAUAGAACGCAAAAUUAUAAGCCAGGGUAAAAAUUAUCUAGGUAUAAUAUUAUUGGGCUCAAAAAAGUCAUGCGCUGAUUUUAAAUACAUCGAAUUGUUUCGUGAACUUCAGGCUCCAACUUGGCAAAUGAUUCGCGACCUACCAGAAAAGCCAUGCAAGGCCAAAGGUAAUUGGUUUGAUGCACUCAUAGUUGCAUUCAAUCACUUUCAAAAUGGAAUAAGUGGUGUUAAAUUUGUGAAUAAACAAAUUAUAUUGAUAACCAACUUUGAAGCUCCUUCCUAUGCUGACGAUGAAGACAUUGACAAGGUCUUGGCUGGUGUUAAAGAAAAUGACUUUGAAAUUGAUGUUUUUGGCCCAGAUUUAUAUGCUGAAACCAAAAGCAAUGACAUUGAUAUUGCCAAGAAAUUUGUUGAAGGAACAAAUGGUACAACUGCCAGUUUUGAAUUUAUUAUGAGGUAUUUGCUUUUUCAUAAAAAGAAAAUUACUAACGCAAUGCCCUGGAAUGUAGAUUUAAGUAUUGGACCAAAUAUUAAAAUACCAGUCUCUGCUUAUAUUCGUGUUAAGGAUGAACCUGUUGUGAAAAAUUGGUUAAAAAGUGUUAGAGAUCCAGUCACAAACACUGCAAGCACAACUGAAGGUAUUAUGAAAAGUAAAGUAUUUGUUAAUACUGACAAUAAAUCUAUUUGUGAACAAGCAGAUGUAAUAAAGGGAUACUAUUAUGGCCAGGAGAUAAUUCCAUUUUCAGAAUGCGACAAAAGCAUGCUUUAUGAUUCCGGUGUUAAAUCCCUCAAUGUUUAUGGUUUUACUAAAGCAAGUAAUAUAUCAUGGCAGACACUCAAUGGUGAUGGUUUAUCAUAUCUUUUUGGAUCUAAGAAAGACAAAAAAGCACAAUAUACAAUAAAAUGUCUGGCUGAGUGUCUCCAUGAAUUAAACUUAGUUGGGUUAGUAAGAAGAGUGUAUAAUACUGGAAAUGCCCCAAAAAUGUAUGUGUUAAUGCCUGUGAUUGAUACAAAAUGUAUCUGCCUUUCUUUAAUAGGUAUUUGCUAUAAAGAAGACUUAAAACAUAUAGCUUUCCCUCCCACAAAUUCAAAGAAAUAUGCCUGCACAGAUGAACAGGUUAAUGCCUUUAAAAAUUUAAUUCAGGCAAUGGAUCUUACUAAGGCAUAUCAGGAAUCAGACUAUGAUGAUACUGAGGCAUUUCCAAUUGCUGAAACAGUGAGUCCUUCAGCACAAUAUGUUAUGGAUUGCAUUGCUUACAGAGCUAUGAAUCCAGGCAAACCAUUGCCACCACCAAGAGAAGAGAUAAUGAUGCUUUUUAAAACACCUCCUUUGAUAGAAAAGAGAGCCAAGGAGCCCAUUCAAAAACUUAAAAGCCUGUUUCAGUUGAAUAAAGUAGAAGUGAAAUCUAAGAAAAUUAUUAUUGAGCCUAUGGAUGUUGAUCUUGUAAAGCCAACAUUUGAUGAACAUAGACUAGAGAAUGAUAAGCAGAAAAUGCAAUUGAAUAUUGUGGAUAAGCUUUUUAAGGUAGAAAAUGUUGAAACAGACCCUACUAAUGAUUUUGUCAUGUUGAAAGAAGCAGGAAAACCAUUUAAGGAUCUUUGCUUUGAAAUGUCACAAGUUAUAGAGAGAUUAAUUUUUGGGAAUAUUGAUGCAAACUUUGAUAAAGCAUUUAAUGCAAUAGAGCAUUUCAGAAAUGAAUGUGUUCUGGCAGACCCAUCAUACUACAAUAACUGGUUGAGAGAAUUCAAAACUGAAUUAAAUGAUAGGAAAAAAAUUAAUAUUUUAGAAAUGUUUGAUAAAAAGAAAGUAAAUUUUAUUAUUAAAAGCGAAAAUGAGAAAAGUACUUUUAUAAAUGAAGAUGAAGACAGUCAAUUGUAUGAAAAUGACACAAUGGCUGAUUUGACUGAGGUGACAAUAAGUACUCAAAUAAAUGAGAUGUUUGCUGAUAUUUAA